GGGUCGCUGCUUAUUGGCCGACGCAUUUCAAAGCGAAAACUCGAAAAAGGAACUUUAUUAGCGUGUGACUCUUCAGAGUUGUUUGUUGAAGAUAAUAAUUAUUGUGUUUUAUUAAGAAAAAUUCUAGUGACUAGGACAAAAUGCAGAUCUUUGUGAAGACGUUGACGGGUAAAACCAUCACCUUAGAAGUUGAGCCGUCGGAUACUAUUGAGAACGUGAAAGCCAAGAUUCAGGACAAAGAGGGUAUCCCUCCGGAUCAGCAGCGUCUCAUCUUUGCCGGUAAGCAGCUGGAAGACGGCCGCACACUCUCUGACUACAAUAUCCAGAAGGAAUCGACUCUCCACUUGGUACUUCGUCUGCGCGGCGGUAUGCAGAUCUUCGUAAAGACCCUGACUGGCAAGACUAUCACCUUAGAGGUUGAGCCUUCAGACACAAUUGAAAAUGUAAAAGCCAAAAUCCAAGACAAGGAAGGCAUUCCCCCAGACCAGCAACGUCUUAUCUUUGCUGGGAAACAAUUGGAAGAUGGCCGCACACUCUCAGACUACAAUAUUCAGAAAGAAUCUACCCUGCAUUUAGUUCUACGUCUGCGUGGAGGUAUGCAGAUCUUUGUGAAGACCCUGACCGGCAAGACUAUCACAUUAGAGGUUGAGCCUUCGGACACUAUUGAAAAUGUAAAAGCCAAAAUCCAAGACAAGGAAGGUAUCCCGCCAGACCAGCAGAGACUGAUCUUUGCAGGUAAGCAGUUGGAAGAUGGCCGCACCCUUUCAGAUUACAACAUCCAGAAAGAAUCUACUCUCCACUUGGUACUUCGUCUCCGUGGUGGUAUGCAGAUCUUUGUGAAGACCUUGACUGGUAAAACUAUUACCCUUGAGGUUGAGCCUUCAGACACAAUCGAAAAUGUAAAAGCCAAGAUCCAGGAUAAGGAAGGCAUUCCUCCAGACCAGCAACGUCUCAUUUUUGCUGGUAAACAAUUAGAAGAUGGCCGCACCCUAUCUGACUACAACAUCCAGAAGGAAUCCACUCUUCACUUGGUACUACGUCUGCGUGGUGGUAUGCAGAUCUUUGUAAAGACCCUGACUGGCAAGACUAUCACUCUUGAAGUUGAGCCUUCAGACACUAUUGAGAAUGUUAAGGCUAAAAUUCAAGACAAAGAGGGUAUCCCACCAGAUCAGCAAAGAUUAAUUUUCGCCGGAAAACAGCUUGAGGAUGGGCGCACUCUGUCAGAUUACAACAUCCAGAAGGAAUCCACCCUCCACUUGGUACUUCGUCUCCGUGGUGGUAUGCAGAUCUUUGUGAAGACCUUGACUGGUAAAACUAUUACCCUUGAGGUUGAGCCUUCAGACACAAUCGAAAAUGUAAAAGCCAAAAUCCAAGACAAGGAAGGCAUCCCUCCAGACCAACAACGUCUCAUUUUUGCCGGUAAACAAUUGGAAGAUGGCCGCACACUCUCAGACUACAAUAUCCAGAAGGAAUCCACUCUCCACUUGGUACUUCGUCUACGUGGUGGUAUGCAGAUCUUUGUGAAAACCUUGACUGGCAAAACAAUCACCCUUGAAGUUGAACCUUCAGAUACUAUUGAGAAUGUCAAGGCUAAAAUUCAGGACAAGGAGGGUAUCCCCCCAGAUCAGCAGAGGUUGAUUUUUGCAGGAAAACAGCUUGAGGAUGGACGCACCCUAUCUGACUACAAUAUCCAGAAGGAAUCCACCCUCCACUUGGUACUGCGUCUUCGUGGUGGUAUGCAAAUCUUCGUAAAGACCCUGACUGGCAAGACUAUCACCUUAGAGGUAGAGCCUUCAGACACAAUUGAAAACGUAAAAGCCAAAAUCCAAGACAAGGAAGGCAUUCCCCCAGACCAGCAACGUCUCAUCUUCGCCGGUAAACAAUUGGAAGAUGGCCGCACACUCUCCGACUACAAUAUCCAGAAAGAAUCAACUCUCCACUUGGUACUGCGUCUGCGUGGUGGUAUGCAGAUCUUUGUGAAGACCCUGACUGGCAAGACGAUCACCCUCGAAGUCGAGCCUUCAGACACUAUUGAGAAUGUUAAGGCUAAAAUUCAGGACAAAGAGGGUAUCCCCCCAGACCAACAGAGGUUGAUUUUUGCAGGCAAGCAGCUUGAGGAUGGGCGCACCCUGUCUGACUAUAACAUCCAAAAGGAAUCCACCCUCCACUUAGUACUGCGUCUUCGUGGUGGUAUGCAGAUCUUCGUAAAGACCCUGACUGGCAAGACUAUCACCUUAGAGGUAGAGCCUUCAGACACAAUUGAAAACGUAAAAGCCAAAAUCCAAGACAAGGAAGGCAUUCCCCCAGACCAGCAACGUCUCAUCUUCGCCGGUAAACAAUUGGAAGAUGGCCGCACACUCUCCGACUACAAUAUCCAGAAAGAAUCAACUCUCCACUUGGUACUGCGUCUGCGUGGUGGUAUGCAGAUCUUUGUGAAGACACUGACUGGCAAGACGAUCACCCUCGAAGUCGAGCCUUCAGACACUAUUGAGAAUGUUAAGGCUAAAAUUCAGGACAAAGAGGGUAUCCCCCCAGACCAACAGAGGUUGAUUUUUGCAGGCAAGCAGCUUGAGGAUGGGCGCACCCUGUCUGACUAUAACAUCCAAAAGGAAUCCACCCUCCACUUGGUACUGCGUCUUCGUGGUGGUAUGCAGAUCUUCGUAAAGACCCUGACUGGCAAGACUAUCACGUUAGAGGUUGAACCUUCAGACACAAUUGAAAACGUAAAAGCCAAAAUCCAAGACAAGGAAGGCAUUCCCCCAGACCAGCAACGUCUCAUUUUCGCCGGAAAACAAUUGGAAGACGGCCGCACGCUCUCCGACUAUAAUAUCCAAAAGGAGUCCACCCUCCACUUAGUACUUCGUCUGCGUGGUGGUAUGCAGAUCUUUGUGAAAACCUUGACUGGCAAAACCAUCACCCUUGAAGUUGAACCUUCAGAUACUAUUGAGAAUGUCAAGGCUAAAAUUCAAGACAAAGAGGGUAUCCCCCCAGACCAGCAGAGGUUGAUCUUUGCAGGCAAGCAGCUUGAGGAUGGGCGGACUCUAUCUGAUUACAACAUCCAGAAGGAAUCCACCCUCCACUUGGUACUGCGUCUUCGUGGUGGUAUGCAGAUCUUCGUAAAGACCCUGACUGGCAAGACUAUCACCUUAGAAGUUGAACCUUCAGACACAAUUGAAAACGUAAAAGCCAAAAUCCAAGACAAGGAAGGCAUUCCCCCAGACCAGCAACGUCUCAUCUUCGCCGGAAAACAAUUGGAAGACGGCCGCACGCUCUCCGACUAUAAUAUCCAAAAGGAGUCCACCCUUCAUCUUGUACUUAGAUUGAGAGGUGGCAUGUAACAUGUAAUAACGACACUGCCUGACUGUUCAUUCCAUUUAUAUAACUUAACUAACAGGUGAAAUAAAGCUUUGUCAUUGACUGAA